CCGUCUGCGUGGGCCUGGGCGCGGCGCGGGCCGGGCGUACGCAGAGCGCGCCGGCGCGGUUGCCGUGGCAGCGCCGGCGGAGGGGACGGCGACCGGCGGGCUGAGGCGGCGGCGGGGCCACCGAGAGGUCGCGGCCGGCCGGAGGCGGCGCCGGGCAGGCCUGAGCGGCGGCGCGCGGCGCCCGGCCCGCGGGGAUGCGGGACCGGCUGCCGGACCUGACGGCGUGUAGGAAACAUGAUGAUGGAGACACAACUGUUGUUAUUGAAAAGGACCAUUUUAUGGAUGAUUUCUUCCAUCAGGUUGAGGAGAUCAGAAACAGAAUAGCUAAAGUAGCUCAGUAUGUUGAAGAAGUAAAGAAAAACCACAGCGUCAUUCUCUCUGCACCAAACCCAGAAGGAAAAAUAAAAGAAGAACUUGAAGAUCUGAACAAAGAAAUCAAGAACACUGCUAAUAAAAUUCGGACCAAGUUAAAAUCUAUUGAACAGAGUUUUGAUCAGGAUGAGAGCGGGAACCGGACGUCAGUGGACCUUCGGAUACGCAGAACCCAGCAUUCAGUGCUGUCUCGACAGUUUGUGGAAGCUAUGACCGCAUAUAACGAAGCACAGACCCUAUUUCGGGAGCGAAGCAAAGGCCGGAUCCAGCGCCAGCUAGAAAUAACUGGAAAAACUACCACUGAUGAUGAACUAGAAGAGAUGCUGGAAAGUGGGAAUCCCUCCAUUUUCACGUCGGACAUUAUAUCGGAUUCACAGAUUACUAGACAGGCUCUCAAUGAAAUUGAGUCGCGUCAUAAAGACAUUAUGAGGCUGGAGACCAGCAUCCGAGAGCUGCACGAGCUGUUCGUGGACAUGGCCGUGCUCGUUGAGACUCAGGGUGAAAUGAUCAACAACAUAGAAAAAAACGUUAUGAAUGCCACAGACUAUGUAGAACAUGCUAAAGAAGAAACGAAAAAAGCUAUUAAAUAUCAAAGCAAAGCAAGAAGGAAAAAGUGGAUAAUUGUUGCUGUGUCACUUGUUCUGGUGGCUGUGAUUGCUCUAAUUAUUGGCUUAUCAGUUGGCACGUGAUGUGGUGGCUGACGUCAGCGUGCGUGCCUCCCUGCCGGCGCGGCACGUCUAGUUUGUUGUAAAUGUGGCCGCACUAAAGAGAAACCUUGUGCUGAGUGAGCGUGCCUGUUAAUUCUUAAGGAUUCGGAAUACAGAAGACAUUCAGUUCUUCAUUUAGAGUAUCUUUAUUUUGGUUUUCUGUGUGAGUAUCACCCCUCUCCAAACUUCAGUAGAUUUUGUGUUUUUCCUCCGUUUUUUUUAUGCAUUUGGAAUCAUCCUUCUUGCAUUAACUCUUAAGUUAGAAUGCUGCCUGGUGUAUUAAAUUUGGACAUACCACUUAUUUAUCUUAAAACGUUUGUUUGGCGUGAUCAUUGUGAUUAAAAUUAUAUCUAGAUUGUGACAAGUGGUCCUCGAUGAAUUCAUUAUUUUAUCGUGAAAGCAACUGCUGGCUUGGUAGACACUUAGCACUUUCUUAAAGAGAAGACGAGGAGUAUCUCAGUGUGAGCAUCUGUGCACUGAGGACCCGCCACAGGCGAGGGGCCCUUGCAGUUACUGUCCCAGCGUUCACAUGAGCCACCACCUUGCACUCGAGGUAGUUCCCGUUAGAAGCUCUGGGAUGUGGAGUUUGUUAGCGAUCCAUUUUUUCAGAAGGCGGAAGGAGGGAAGGCUCUCUGUUUUCAUCAGGCAGGAUGUUCAUGUAUCCUUCCACGCUUUCCUAUUACGUCUGCUGAAAAAGUGGUAUAUGUGAUUUCCCUUCAUUAAUAAUGAUGGUAUUUAAAAACUAUUUUUAUAAUUUUUUAUGAACUAUGUAUUUUCUUAGCUUUUCCUCGUGGCCAUAAUAUGGCUAGUUGGAUGUGCUUCCACUAAAGGUAAACUUAAUUUUAGAUUGGAUGCUGUGGUGAUGCGCUGGAACGAGGGCAGGCUCCUCCCAGCAGGGUUCCCUGGGAGCCUUGGGCUUUGCUGUGUGCCCUGGGCCUGGCCCGGUGGUGUGCCUUCAUGCCUUUAAGCACGAAUGAACACAAAACAAUGCUCAUUAGUAAGAAGCACAUCAGAGAGCACACCAACAGGUUUUUUUUUUUUUUUUUUAACACAAACGCAGUGGUUGGUGUCUUUAAUUGUACUUUUGAAAAACUAUUCUUGCAGCAGGUAGUUCGGCACAGCCCUCCUCGGGGCCUGUAGGCCUGUGUGGAGGGAAUCCUACUCCCUGGAGCCCUGCAGCGAGGCCAGGGUGCCCGGUUUUCUAUCCAACGACACUGCUAAGAGGACACGUGGCCCAGGAUUUACGUGUAGUAGGUGGUGGCUUGACUCCCAGGGGUGUGCGUGGGCCACCAAGGAGAAGUCCAGGCAUUUGGCUUGAGUUGUGAGCAGGUUAUUGGGCAAGAAUGGUCGUUAAAUCUAUGGCAUUGAGAGUGCAGGAGCUCAGCUAUCGUGGAAGUCAGGAGAGCACCUCUGAAAGCCAGAUGUGGAAGCAGGCACGCACUUACGUGCUACCCAGAGACUCGGCAGUGAGAGUCAGAGUCUCCUGGUUCUCUAAGGUGGUUAGGUGCAGUGAGGUUGACAGGGGCAUAUGGAGCAGGUUCUGGAGCUGAAGGGCGAUGCCAGUGGGAAAGGAGGGGUGAUAGGCUGAAGGAAAAAGGUGUGUCUAGAAAGGUGCUGAGAGAGGCUCCCCGAGAGACACGUGAGGACGAUGCGAACAUGGUCGGGACCACGUCCUCGCUUUCCAGGAAAUGCACGUAACGUUAACAAGCAACAGGAAGUUUGAGGGCGUGAUGUCCUGAAGGCAGUGGUCCCGGGGUUCUGCAUAAUGGACGUGAAGGUUUACCGAGGGGCCCGGCCGUGCUCCCCUUCAUGCAGUAAUCGAUGGCGCUCUUGGCAGGCUAAUACCGAUGCAGAGCUGGCCGGUUUGAGCAGCUGUGAUUUCUCAGAUGAAAGUGUGCCAUGAGUUCGGUAACUGUAAUUUAAAAUGAUGAAUCUCUGCUGUUUACAAAGAGAACUGGAAGUCAGACAGCGUGGUGUGCCUUUCAUCUUCGUGAAUUCCUCCUGUUCUCCCGCAGACCAGACGGGCUUGCCGGAGAGGCUAGAUUUCUUAAGCCAAAGGUUGUUUAGCUUUUCAGCUGUGCGAGGGCUUGUUAAUGGACAGCAAAAAGUUACUGUUAAUAUUGCCUUGCUCUGGGCCCUGGAUGCAGCAGGAGACCGAGUUAAUGGCUUGUUGAUUUCUUCCUUGUAUCAUACCUCAAUGUAAAAAAA